UUUAGCAAUUAGACGUAAACAGUUUGACUCAUCCUUGACCGGUUUUCUGCUGCAUAUAUUCCAGACAGACACCGGGCUAAUGAAAUAAUUAUUGCACCGGCGAAUAUGAACUAGCCUAUGUGAUGUGAGGACUCCUUCGUUUCAUGCUUUUUGGGAGUCAGCAUGGCGCAGGAAGAGGACAAACACAGCCUGGAGGCGAAAUUUGUUGCUGCAGUUGAAGUGAUCCGGAGUUUGCCUGAAGAAGGUCCUUUCCAGCCAUCUGAUGACAUGAUGCUGUUGUUCUACAGUUACUACAAGCAGGCCACUGUGGGGCCCUGCAACAUUCCCAGACCUAACGGCUUCUGGGACACUCGUGGAAAAGCUAAAUGGGAUUCAUGGAGCUCUUUAGGAAAUAUGACAAAGGAGAAAGCCAUGAAGAACUAUGUCGAGGACAUCCAGCUGAUUUUGGAGGCCAUUCCAAUCUCAGAAGAAGUGUCUAACUUGGUACAGAAGCUUGGUAACUUCUACACAGAGGUGGACGUAGAAGGAGAAGAAGCUGAAGAAAUUGAGCAGGACAGGAGACCCUUUACCAGGCCUUUUGCAAACCAUACAGAUGAGCUGGUCAAACAAUUGAACAAACCAACAAUGGAAGGCUAUGGGGAUCUAUGGGAUGAUAUACAAAACCUCCAAGAAGAUGACAGCAGUGGUCAUGGCAUAAGUGUCAGUAGCGAGGAGGCAGAGGGAAGCAAAGAAAAUAGUGAAAUCGAGAGAAAGGAGGAAAGUAGUGAUUGGGUGAAAAGUGAGGAAGAGGAGAAUGAGGAUGAAGAAGACAAUACAGACGAUGAAGACGAGGCAGAUGAAGAGGAGGAGGAAAAAGUCUGGAGGCCUGACCCGAAGCUGCUGAUGGUGGAGAAAAGGUGGAGGUCUGACACAGGGGGGUCCAGCAGCAGCAUGGAGCCCAGCAUGUCUUCCUUCACCAACGGGACACACAGCUCCCUCAACAGCGAGGCAGAGGAGGAAGAGCUGGCCUGUUCCAUAGAGCCCAGUGUGCAGUAUAACUCCUAUAUGCUCUUUAAUGGACACCUGAGUGGUCAUAGUGAUGCUUUUCCUGAGAAGAACCACCGAUCUACAGACUCAGAUAAUGAGGAAUUCUGUGACUCCAUGGAGCAUCUGGCCAUGGAAGAGGGGCUGUCUACAUCAAACAUACUGUCACCGGGAUCAGGAGCUGCCUCUGUGAGGCAAAGUGAUCUUUGGUUUGAGAGCAACACUACCCCGAAUAGAGGAGAGGAUCAAGUACUCGUGGGGGAGUCCUACCUUAAAGAAAGGAUUAGUGCAAGCCAGCACAACAGCUCCUUGUCAAGAAGAGGGAGAGGUUCACAAUCGCCAAGGGCUACUUGCAGCUCUCAGCGGUGUGCCAGUGUAGAUGCCGCAUGCUGUUGUGUGUCACAGAGCAGACAUCCUGUCAGCGUUGCCAGGGGAAACAUCAAUGAGCAAAUAGCUACAGCUCUGCUGAGGCUGCAGCAUGACAUGACCACAGUAUUGCACAGGCUGCACGCUCUGGAGGCGCUCACGGUGUCACAGUCAAGAUUAUCUUCGCCAAGGCAGGAGGACUCUCUACCCGCAGUACAAACGUUCCUGAGACCGUCUUGGUGGCCUUUCGACUUCUCUCCACUCACAGGGGUUUUAACUGCACUCUGGCCUCUGAUUGCCCAUUGGCUUGUCCAGCUUUACUUACAACGGAGAAGAAGGAAAAUCCCCUGAAUUCUCUGACAACCGUCUUUUGUUGCUUUUUCAAGCCACUGUCACAGACGGAGUAUACUGAGGCAUCAGUAGAAAUGGAAAGGCCACUUUAGAUAAAUGAAUGGUCAGAAA